AUGAAGGUUUCUAUUAUUGCAGCUGCUACAGCACUUCUCGCAUUGGCCUCUGCGGCUCCUACUCCGCAGGAUUUUGACGGCGAAUUCAUUGAUUCCAUUCCAGCCCCUACCGCUCAGGGUGCCCCCGCCGGUGCAACCAAGUCUGGCCCUGAUGUCGAUGUCGACGCUCUUGUCGAAUCCACUGUUUCUGACAUCUCGAAGCGUGGGGCUAUCAGCAAGCGUGGUGUCGCCUCUGACAACUUCGUCAAGGUUUUCGACAACUGGACUGGUUCUACCCAGACCGGUGGUUACUUGACAUUCAAGCUUCUCCCCUCGUACGAUGUUGACCUUUGCGCUACCAAGUGUCUUGCAAACACUGGUUGUGUCUUCUUCAACAUCUAUGAUGAAACCAACCCCGCUGGUCUCCUUCACAAGUGUGCUUUGUACUCCAUGCCCUCUACCAAGGGUGCAGCAACAAAUUUUGGAGGCCAAGACCACGGUGGUGUCAUCAGCGUGAAGUCCCUUUCUGCUGGUUACAAGAAGAAAGCACUCCAGGAAGACGUCCCCGGAUAUCAUUAUGAAUGUUUCGGCGACGCUUCCAUCAACGCUCCUCAACCAGGCCCAGUUGAUCCAUACAUGGGCGUUUCCUUCACCACAACCUCCCCAAGCGUCUGCGCUGCCGCUUGCGACUCAAAGACCGCUUAUAAUCUCAAGCAAGCACCUCUAAAUGGUACCUACCGUGCAUGCAAUUUCUUCGAUUUCUAUAACGUCUACAGAGAUGGUAUUCCAUACCAGACCGCUUGCACUUUCUAUCUCAUCUCGUAUGAUGCCAGCUUUGCAACCAACUUUGGACAGAAGCGAAAUGGUUAUCAGUACAGCAUUGGAGAGAGCUGCGGUUAUACCAGAGAUGUCCUAAUCGGUGUUGAUGGCAUCGCUACUAAGGUAUAA